CGCGGUGGCCCAGGAUUCAUUGUUUGCUCUGUACCCCGGAUGAAGUAGGAAGGACUCCUUCGGCUCGUGGGGGCAUACUGUUCUGUUUGCUGGCCAAAAUGCUGUGUAGUGCCCGGCAGCAGCUGCAGAGGCGGCUCUUGCCCGCCCUCCUGGGGAGCAGGGGCUGUCCGCCAGGGAGAGGCCAGCUGCUAGGUAGCCCGGAGUCCUUCCUGCGUGUGGCCGCCUGUGCCCAUGGCACCGCCGGAGGGACAGCAGAGGUCGGGGGCUGGCACGACACCCUGGCCGACUCAGUUCCUGCACACUGGGCGGAGACGAUACUGUUGGGAGUGCAGAGUGCCACCGGGCUGCCGUGGUGGGCCACCAUUAUCGUCACCACCGCGGCCUUGAGGAGCGUCGUCACGCUGCCCCUGGCCACCUACCAGCACUACAUCCUGGCCAAGGUGGAAAAUUUGCAGCCAGAAAUAAAAAUAAUUGCCAAGAAUCUUAAUUAUGACAUUGCAGUUCGAGCAAAACACUUGGGAUGGUCAAAAAGACUAACUAGGCUCACUUACCUGAACAACAUGAGGAGGAUUCUUUCAGAGCUGUAUGUUCGGGACAAUUGUCACCCAUUCAAAGCCACUCUUCUGGUGUGGAUUCAGAUACCGGUGUGGGUCUUUAUGUCUAUUGCCCUACGGAACUUCAGUCUAGGAACAGCAGAUUCUGAAGGAGACAUUUCUGUUCAGGAACAAUUUUCAAAGGGCGGAGUCCUCUGGUUUCCUAAUCUCACCGUGACUGACUCUACAUGGAUUCUACCCAUCUCACUUGGACUCCUCAAUUUGAUGAUAGUGGAGAUUUUUUCAUCACAAAAACUUGCAAUGUCCCGCCUUCAGAAGUAUGUCACCAAUUUUAUUCGUGGCAUAUCUGUGUUGAUGAUUCCCAUUGCUGCAACUGUGCCCUCAUCAGUGGCGCUGUACUGGUUCUCCUCCAGCUUCUUAGGCUUCGCACAGAACCUGCUGCUGCGCUCCCCGGUAGUUCGCCAGUUCUGCCGCAUCCCUCAGACACAAUCACAUUCAGACACUCCUUAUAAGGACCUCUUUGCUGCCUUUUAUGCCAAGUUCUUUUUGAGAAAGUGAUCUCUUCCUCACUGACUCGGGAGAUUAAGAGCUUGGUGGAUGUUCUUUGUGUGACGUACAAGGCAGUGAGCUGGGGUUUGAAGUGCUAUUGUGAUGUAUGCCUCUUGUGUUUUAGACAAGUGAAGAUCUGGUCAGUUAUGCUUUGUGGGUUGGAUCAUGGGAAGAAAAUUUGUUUUAUAUCUGGAGGAUGAGUGGGUGGAAUUUGCGAAAUAAUCCUGAAUUGCAAAAGGGAAGGAUCAAUAAGUCCCACCAAUCUAAAGCAGAGACAUUACUUCUCUGAAAGAAAAGCAUUUAUUGAAAUAGUAAAUGAUCCUGUGGCAGAGAGAGCUACUGCAUGUUAGGCUGAAUAAGAGAUGUCCAAACUAAGAAAACCAACCUCGUGGAACCGUACCUCUCAAAUCCUCCCUGAAGUGAUUCCGUUGGUGUUACUGCAUUUGCUCUUCAGUAAACAGUGAUGGUGACACGACAGUGUGAUGCUAGGUUGGGCUCUGAGAUCAUCGGAGAGCUCUGUGGUGAGGCAGCGGCGCUUCUGAUCAACCAGUGGCUGAAGCUUUUGUUUCCUGAGGAGGAUUUGUAUGAUGUCCUUGGGAAAUGUCAAGUGUGUAUGACAUCUAAAUAAAUGCAGUGUGUGAAUACUGGG